CUCCAGAGUUCCUCUGUGGAGAUGGAAGAACUUUCCAGAAGGACAACCAUUUCUGCAGCACUCCACCAAUAAGGCCUUUAUGGUAGAGUGGCCAGACGGAAGCCAAUCCUCAGUAAAAUGCACAUGAUAGCCACAGGAACAUCACAGCCUGCUUGGAGUUUGUCAAAAGGCACCUGAAGACUUUCAGACCAUGAGAAACAAGAUUCUCUGGUCUGAUGAAACAAAGAUUCUACUCUUUGGCCUGAAUGCCAAGCAUCAUGUCUAGAAUACACAAAGUACAGACCGAUCCUUGGUGAAAACCUGCUCCAGAGCGCUCAGGUCCUCAGACUCGGGCGAAGGUUCACCUUCUAACAGGACAACAACCCUAAGCACACAGCCUAGACAACGCAGGAGUGGCUUCAGGACAGUCUCCAAAAAUCUUUGAGUGGCUCAGGCAGAGCCCGGACUUGAACCCGAUCAAAUGUUUCUGGAGAGACCUCAAAAUAGCUCUGCAGCGAUGCUCCCCAUACAACCUGACAGAGCUUGAGAGGAUCUGCAGAGUUGAAUGGGAGAAACUCCCCAAAUACAGGUGUGCCAAGCUUGUAGCGUCAUACCCAAGAAUACUUGAGGCUGUAAUCGCUGCCAAGGGUGCUUCAACAAAGUUCUGAGUAAAAGGUCUGAAUGUAAAUAUAAUAAAUACCUGUUUUUGCUUUGUCAUUAUGGUGUGUGUAGAUUGAUGAGGGGGGGAAAACGAUCGUAUCCAUUUUAGAAUAAGGCUGUAACGUAACAUAAUGUGGAAAACGUAAUGGGGUUGGAAUACUUUCCAAUGCACUAUAUGUAGCCUAAGAAACAAGGUUCAUGAAAUCAAAAACUUGCUAGUAACAGAUUACAUACAUAUUCUGAAACUCACUUAGAUCAUUUUUUGAUAAUACAGCAAUACAUGGUUAUAACAUCUACAUAAUGGACAGAAAUAUCAAUGGGGUGGUGUUGCAGUCUAUAUUCAGAACCACAUUCCUUUAAAGCUUAUAAAAAAUCUCAUAUUAAAUACUGUGGAAAUAAUAUGGCUACAGGUUAAUCUGCCUAACCUAAAUUCCAUUCUUGUGGGAAGCUGCUACUGACCACCAAGUCCUAACAGUCACUAUCUAGAUAAUAUGUGUGAAAUCAAAUCAAAUUUUAUUAGUCACAUACACAUAUUUAGCAGAUGUUAUUGCGGGUUUAGUGAAAUGCUUGUGUUCCUAGUGCCAAUAGUGCAGUAGUAUCUAACAAUACACACAUAUCUAAAAUAAUGGAAAUAGGAAAUAUAUAAAUAUUAGGACGAGCAAUGUCAGAGUGGCAUUGACUAAAAUACAUAAGAAUAGAAUACAGUAUAUACAUAUAUUCAGUUGAGCAUCCGGGUGGUAGUCGGCUAGUGAUGGCUAUUUAACAGUCUGAUGGUCUUGAGAUAGAAGCUGUUUUUCAGUCUCUCUCUUGGUGCACCUGUUUUGUAGAGUUGUGCCUUCUUCACCACACUGUCUGUGUGGGUGGACAAUUUCAGAUUGUCAGUGAUGUGUACGCCGAUGAACUUGAAGCCUUUCACCUUCUCCACUGCGGUCCUGUCGAUGUGGAUAGGGGCAUGCAACCCACUGCUGUUCCCUGAAGUCCAGGGAUAGGGCAGUGUGCAGUGUGAUGGCAAUUGCAUUGUCUGUCGAUCUAUGCAAAUUCAAGUGGGUCUAGGGUGUAAGGUAGAGAUCAUUUGAUCCUUAACUAGCCUCUUCAAUCACUUAAUGAGUGAGUGCUAAGGGGUGGUAGUCAUUUAGUUCUGUUACCUUUACUUUCUUGUGUACAGGAGCAAUGGUGGACAUCUUGAAGCAAGUGGGGACAGCUGACUUGGAUAGGGAGAGAUUGAAUAUGUCUGUAAAUACUCAAGCCAGCUGGUCUGCGCAUGCUCUGAGGAAGCUGCUAGGCCGUCUGGGUUGGCAUCCCCUGUACUGACGUUUUGCCAAUUUGAUUGCUUUACGGAGGGAAUAAUUACACUGCUGGUAUUCAACCAUAUUCCCAGUCACCUUGAAAUGGUUAAAUGCAGUUGUUCGCGCUUUCAGUUUUGAACGGAUGCUGCCAUCUAUCCAAGGUUUCUGGUUUGGGUAGGUUUUAAUAGUCACAGUUGGAACAAAAUCACCUAUACACUUCCUGAUUAAGUCAUUCACAGUGUCCGCGUCUACAGUUGAAUUCGGAAGUUUACAUACACCUUAGCCAAAUACAUUCAACUCGGGUUUUCACAAUUCCCAACAUUUAAUCCCAGUAAAAAUUCCCUGUUUUAGGUCAGUUAGGAUCACCACUUUAUUUUAAGAAUGUGAAAUGUCAGAAUAAUAGUCGAGAGAAUGAUUUAUUUCAGCAUUUCGUUCUUUCAUCACAUUCCCAGGAGUUCAGAAGUUGACAUACACUCAAUUGGUAUUUGGUAGCAUUGCCUUUAAAUAGUUUUUCUUGGGUCAAACCUUUCAGGGAGCCUUCCACAAGAUUCCCACAAACUGUUGGGUGAAUUUUGGCCCAUUCCUCCUGACAGAGCUGGUGUAACUGAGUCAGGUUUGUCGGCCUCCAUGCUCGCACACGCUUUUUCAGUUCUGCCCACAAAUGUUCAAAAGGUUUGAGGUCAGGGCUUUGUGAUGGCCACUCCAAUACCUUGACUUUGUUGUUCUUAAGCCAUUUUGCCACAACUUUGGAAGUAUGCUUAGGGCUAUUGUGCGUUUGGAAGACCCAUUUGCAACCAAGCUUUAAAUUCCAGACUGAUGUCUUGAGAUGUUGCUUCAAUAUAUCCACUUAAUUUUCCUCCCUCAUGAUGUCAUCUAUUUUGUGAAGUGCACCAGUCACUCCUGCAGCAAAGCACUCCCACAACAUAAUGCUGCCACCCCCGUGCUUCAAGGUUGGGAUGGUGUUCUUCAGCUUGCAAGCCUCCAAACAUAAAGAUGGUCAUUAUGGCCAAACAGUUCUAUUUUUGUUUCCUCAGACCAGAAGGCAUUUCAACAAAAAGUACGAUCUUUGUCCCCAUGUGCAGUUGCAAACCGUAGUCCGGCUUUUUUAUGGCGGUUUUGGAGCAGUGGCUUCUUCCUUGCUGAGCGGCGUUUCAUGUUAUGUUGAUAUAGGACUUGUUUUACUCUGGAUAUGGAUACUUUUGUACCAGUUUCCUCCAGCAUCUUCACAAGGUCCCUUGCUGUUGUUCUGGGAUUGAUUUGCACUUUUCGCACCAAAGUAUGUUCAUCUCUAGAAGACAGAAUGCGUCUCCUUCCUGAGCGGUUGUCACAUCCUCACCUUAGUUCCAUUUCUAUGUCUCUGGUUUGGUCAGGGCGUGAGUUGGGGUGGGCAUUCUAUGUUUUGUUCUGUUUUGUUCUAUGUUUUGUAUUUCUGUGUUUGGCCUGGUAUGGUUCUCAAUCAGAGGCAGCUGUCAUUCGUUGUCUCUGAUUGAGAACCAUACUUGGGUAGCCUGUUCCCACCUGGUGUUUGUGGGUAGUUGUUUCCUGUUUUGUGUUUUGUCACCUGAUAGGACUGUUUUGAUUUUCGUUGUUUCACUUUGUGUUCAGUCAUCUUUCAUUAAAAUGGACACUUACCACGUUGCGUUUUGGUCCGAUCUUUCCUACUCCUCAUCAGAUGAAUAAGAUCGUUACAGAACUACCCACCACCAACGGACCAAGCAGCGUGGUAACAAAGGGCAGAGGGUUCUGGACUCCUGGACUUGGGAGGAGAUACUAAACGGUAGGGGACCCUGGAGUCAGGCUGGGGAAUAUCGCCGCCUCAAAGAAGAACUGGAGGCAGCUAAAGCUGAGCGGCGGCGAUAUGAGGAAAGGCAGCGCAACAAGCACGAGAGGCACACGGGGAGAUUGGCGGAGUCAGGCGAUAGACCUGAGCCAACUCCCCAUGCUUACCGGAAGAAGCGUAAUUCUGUUCAAGCACCGUGUUAUGCAGUGAAGCGCACGGUGUCGCCAGUGGAAGCUCAUAGCCCGGAGCGCUAUAGGCCAGCCCCCCGCAAGUGCCAUGAGAGAGGGGGCAUCCAGCCAGGGCGUGUUUUGCCAGCUCAGCGUAUUUCGUCUCCGGUACGCCAUUUUGGCCCAGGGUAUCCUGCGCCGGCUUUGCGUGCUGUGUCUCCGGAGCGCUGGGAGGGUGCAGUUUGCCCUAUGCCUGCGCUCCGCCCGUGACGGGUGAAUGUGGGCACUGAGCCUAAGGGAGAGGUGCGAGUGAUAUGCACCAGAGCUCCAGUGCUCCCCCACAGCCCGGACCAUCCGGUGCCUCCUCCACGCACCAGGCCUCCUGUAGGUCUCCCCAGCCUUGUGGGUCCUAUGGCAGCCCCACGCACCAGGCUGUCUCUUCGUCUCCUCCCUCAAGGUUCUCCCACCUGUCCAGCACCUCCAGAGUCUCCCUCCUGUUCGGAGCCGCCAGUCUCCCUCCUGUCCGGAGCCGCCAGAGCCGCCCGUCAGUCAGGAGCCGCCAAAGCCCCCGUCAGUCCGGAGCCGCCAGAGCCGCCCGCCUGUCCGGCACCGCCAGAGUCUCCCGCCUGUCCGGCGUUGCCAGAGUCUCCCGCCUGUCCGGCACCGCCAGAGUCUCCCGCCUGUCAGGCGCCGCCAGAGUCUCCUGCCUGUCCGGAGCCGCCAGAUCCGCCCGUCAGUCAGGAGCCGCCAGAGCUGCCCGUCAGUCCGGAGCCGCCAUAACCGCCCACCUGUCCGGUGCCGCCAGAGUCUCCCGCCUGUCCGGCGUCGCCAGAGUCUCCUGCCUGUCCGGUGCCGCCAGAGUCUCCCAUCAGUCCGGGGUAGGCGGCGAGGGUCGCCACUCCAGAGGUGCCACAUAAGUGGGCCACGACUAAGGUGGAGCGGGGUCUACUUCCCGCACCAGAGCCGCA